UGGAAGAGCGAGGCCCGCCGACAAUCCGACCCCGUCUGUCCGUUCAAGAUUGCCUGUCUUUCAGGGGCUUGGGAUCUUUGCCAGCCCAGGGCAGAAGGCUGGGGCCACAUCGGUGCACGUUGACGGGAGCAUCUGCCAGCCAAGGACACCCGCUACCUAAGAUAUAGUUAGUCCAUAGCUAAAAGUUCAGGACUCGGAGCCCGUGAUGCUGUCGGUCCUCCGUAGGUAAAAAGCCACUACCUGUCAAUCAGCAGGAAGAAUAAAAUAAACAAUUUAGAGCACUACAACAUCACGAGAGAGGUGAUUAAAUAAGACCAAAAAGAUAACCGGCGACCUCCACCACUGCCCUGCUGAACAGGGAAGCUGAGCCCAGACCAAGCGAACAGCACUUAAGCAAGCCCCCCCAAACUUUUUGUCCACUCAGAGGCCCCCGUUUCAGGCGCGCACCCACUCGUCCUCAUCUUCCCGGCUCCCCCCAACGCACUGUUGCCGUUGCCCUUUCUCUGUCGUCAAUUGAAAGCGACUUGAUCUUCUGCUCUUUUCCACCUCCACCUUGCAACCUUCCAUCUCUCGCACUUUUGCUGCAUCAAUCACCCACGAGCCCGACCAACUGCACCCAGACAGAGGCUCUGACUCCGCCUCCGCUCUCUCCUUGACAUACAGAUACCACCGCUGUUCUUCUUUUUGUUGAACAUCACCCGUCUCCCGGCCUCGCAGCUCGACACGUCUGCGACCUCCCAAACCAAGCCAAACCAAAUCACUUUUCCAACUUAUUAACCUAAUCACACGCAACAAUGGCCGCCGAGCUUCGCCGGAAGUUGGUUAUCGUCGGUGACGGUGCCUGCGGAAAGACGUGCUUGUUGAUUGUUUUCUCCAAGGGUACCUUCCCAGAGGUCUAUGUCCCUACCGUCUUCGAAAACUACGUUGCCGAUGUCGAGGUUGAUGGAAAGCACGUCGAGCUCGCCCUUUGGGAUACGGCUGGCCAAGAGGAUUACGACCGUCUCCGCCCUCUCUCUUACCCCGACUCCCACGUCAUCUUGAUCUGCUUCGCCAUCGACUCGCCCGAUUCCCUCGACAACGUUGGCGAGAAGUGGUGCUCCGAGGUACACCAUUUCUGUCCCGAUGUUCCCAAGAUCCUUGUUGGUUGCAAGAAGGAUCUCCGUUUCGACCAGAAGACCAUCGAGGAGCUCCGCAAGACCAGCCAGCAGCCCGUGUCUCCUGAACAGGGUCAACAAGUUGCCACCAACAUCAAGGCCACCAAGUAUCUCGAGUGCUCCGCCAAGACCAACGAGGGUGUCCGGGAAGUGUUCGAGUUCGCGACGCGGGCCGCGUUGAUGAAGAAGUCAUCAAAGAAGAAGGGCAAGUGCGUCAUCGCCUAAGCGCAAUCAUGUGCUCUGCAGAUAUACCCCUAGCAAUCUGUCGACCUUUGCCGCACCAGGCCUCUAUACCCAACGCCCUCGCACCCAGUAAUGCAUCACAGUGGGGACAUUCCCUCUCGGAGAGGCAGAAACAGCUCACCCGACAUUCUUGGAAUAUCACCAUCCGCCGUCGACCGUGGGGAGGAUAGGAUGGGAUUUAUGCUCCAGGAGGGCUACGCGGAAACGUGCGCAAGGACUGGGAGGGAAACACGUUUUUGGCCCAUGAGGCGGGAGAGGAGUGACAGAACGCGAAGCAAUAUUUUGAAGCGUCUGUCUCAUGGCGACUAUUGUGUCGGUUUGGAGAUGGGCCGAGUACACGCAACUUUUUGGGCAGAGGCUUUGCCGUAAUCCACACCACCUCCUUCCUCUCUGUCUGACUCUCUGUCCCCCCUUUUCAUCUUUUCCGAUAACUCUCUACGUAUUGUACCUCUCUGUUCUCACUUUUUUCUAGCUAGCUAUUUAGUCAAUGUGGUUUUUUUUUCUCUUUUCUGGACUUGGACCGGGCCUUUGUCGUUUGUUGUGGGUUGUGCCACCUGCUUGCUUGUCAAGUCUUUGGGUUGUGCGGUCUGGACUUUCACUGGUCGGUAGGCUAGAUCAUCAUCAUUGAAUACACAGUUUCUCUCUCUUUUUACUCUGCUGGUUACGUCAUUGUUGACCAUGUUAUCCACGUAAUGUUGUU